AUGUGUCAGUUUUUUGUCUUCAUGGCUCCCGAUUUCUACGAGUUUGUGGACCAGUUCGGAACCAUUAGCGAUAUUCUCUUCAAUGGUUCGGCGGGGGGCCUUGUGAAGCUACUUGCUGUACCAGUCCCGCCCGCGCACUACUACUCUACCCACGGCCGCCUGUCUCCCGGUCGUCCAUCCGCGAAGCGCAAGCAUGAAAACCUCGAGGAGCAGCCUGCCCGAGAUUGGAAAAGACCCAAAGUGCAGCGUGGCAGUCAGCUUCAAGAGCGCAAGCGGACCGGCAUUCAUACCCUCCCAACCGAGUUGCACGACCUCAUCAUCGACCACCUCGACAUGGAAGAUGUCUUCAACCUUUGCAUCUCGAAUCGUUAUUUCUGGAACAUUGGCCUGGGGCGCAUCCGAGACUACAUCAUGUCACACCUGGGCACCUGGGCCGGCGAGCGCAUUGUCUGCGUAGGCGAGGGCGUACACGUUGGAGAUUAUCCUCCAGCCAUGUAUACCGACGACGAGAGAGUUAGAAAUCGCGAACAGCUCGACGAGAUGACCCUCUGGGAAUUCCAGGAGUGUGAGGGAUUUAACCAAGUCGUCCGUGUCCGUGUCCCUGAUACCUUCUAUCGCCAGCUCAAGCACCCCGACACAGCAUCAUCUCUGCGGCAACUUGGGUCUUACGCUUCAUGUGUGCUCGCCGAGGCUCGACCGGAUCUUCGUUCGUUCUACCCCGACGACCAACCCUGGAUCCUUCGGAACUUGACGACAAAGGAAUACGUACGGUCAGAAGCGAUUGCACUGGAACCAGAGCACAUUCAUGGCCCUCACAUCGAUUAUAUCGGUUUCGGAGAAGUCCUCGUGUCUCGCAUAUGCUGGACCGCCGACGGCACCACCAUUGGCAUGGAAUCCAAGAACAUACGAAGAGGCGUCUGGGCCGGACACCGUUUCGAUAUUACAACACUCGCGAGGCACAACAAGGAGACAAAGAAGGGUGACUGGCGUGACAUCAGUAAGGAAGUCGCCGAAGAACUUGCGGAAAUCUGGGAGACUGAAUUCGGAAGCAACUGGCGCGAAGAGACAAUGUACGGCGUACAAUAUUGGCGCGAAGAGAUAGACUGCAGGAAAGACCCUGGAUUACUUCGUGCAAGAAAUUGGUAG